UGAUUGCUGCAAUUGGCUAAUUUGUCCUUUUCUGUUUCUAGUGAACUCAGUUCUAUCAUCUGCUCGUGUUCUUUGAUGUCUUUUCGUUUCAGAAAAUCUAUGCUGGUCUUUAUUGCGCAUCGGAGCAAGAAAAACACUUGAAAAUACGCAUGUGCUUCGUAGCUACCGUAAGAGUCCCCACCUUCGCAUUUCAAUGAAUAUGCUUCGAACUACUGGAUUGAUGGAACAAGACGUUAUCGUUAGUCGCAUUACCAUGCCGCCAAUCAAGAAAAUGAUAUUCCGUCGUUGAACUUGAAGCAUCUUUUCACGCGCGUUCUUUCGUUCCGAAGCGUUACCAUUGCUGCACAAGCCGCUUGUAACUUGAAAUUGCAAAAGUAAACGGGUGGGGACAUAAUGAGUCUCUGUUUGCAUCUCUCUCAGGGCGCACUGAUGCAGAUGCUCCGUCUGCAACAAGAGCGGUAGCACGACGCAGCUAUAUUAACGAAAAAUGAGCCAUGUAAAGCUUCCGACAACAGGAGCAAGAAAAAUUAGCACGCUUGAUGAAUGCGAUGUGAAAUACGAAAACGCCAGCGAUUCUCUUAUCGUGCGAUCAACAAAAAUUGGCAUUGCGAAGAGCCAAAGAUGAUACCUCCCGACAUUAUAGACGAUGAUUACGGAAAUAGACAGAGGCUGAACGGACGCGAUGAAGAGAAGCAGCUAUCAGGAGAUGACCCUUCAACUGCACCGACGAAAAACGCGGUUGCGACUGCGACAUCUGGCCGUGGGCAUGAGCCGGAUGAAACACAGAGAGGAGCUGAAGCAUUAUCAGCACGGGUGGAAGAGGAGCACGACCAUCAAGUCGAUGGUGCAGCUAGUCCAGAAGACAACUCUCCUAUAUUUACUAGCUCACGACAGAAGCAGAUGGGCGAAGGAGAAUCUUCUAGCCCAGCGCAUCAAGAUGGAAAACGAGAAGAACCAGCUAAACCUAUAGGGAACAACGAUGAUGGAGGAGACGAAAACGGAGCAGUCUCAGAAACAGAUGAAGACGAGAAGUUCGAUUUUCCGACGGAUUGGGGUUAUGUCAUUCCCGAUCCGCCUGCUAUUAAUGGGAUGGACCCGGAGUUCGUGUUCUCCUGUCCAAGCAGUCACCCGCUGCAGAAUACUCGUGUCGUCCAAGCAGACGUGAAGAGGACACGAGCCGCGAUACCUGCUGUCGUACGACAACACGCGCGACUCGAAACCCUCAUCACAAACUACUGCCAGGCCACGGAUACCUUUUAUCUUAUGAUGAAGUGUCACGGGGAUGGCCGAAGUUUGAUUUUUUAACUGUGUUGGAACUGGAAGUUAAUAAAUACUUGCACGACUAUUAUUGGGUUGACCCCGAGUUCUAUGGGUCCUCGCUUCACGAUUAGAUCGAGUUAUGGGUUUAAUAAGCAUUGGCAAGCUACAGUCAAUUUGCAUCUAGACAAGGCGUUAGCGUCCCUUUAAUAUUCGCCAAGGGCUGAACGAAAUUUUGGCUCCAUUUCUGCUGCUUGAACCCGAAAAUGACCUGAAGGUGCUGAUAAAGUUUCAUGGCUUCUUUUCGCGUUUCUGUUAAGGCUCUUCAGAAUGAUCCUUCCAUGUCCAUCUCCGCAGAGUGUAAUGAGUGGGCUUGAAAUUCAGAAGUUUCUGACCCCAACUAACAUCCAACAAGAACAAGAUAAGUCUUUCGUUGUGCUAGCUACGCUGCACGAUCGAUUUAAUUCGGACAACACCACGGAUUCCAGCAAGCAGCUGCCUGCUCUUCUAAUGUCAUGCUCCAUUUUUUGCAGAGGGAUUCACGCAGAUGGAGAAUGUUUUGGCAACCUUUGACUCCUUGAUCCUUUAUCACUUCCCCGACUUGCAUCAAGAACUGGCGAUAAACGACUUGGAGCCUGUGGUCUACGCAACGCCCUGGUUUGUCACGCUUUUCGCCUCGAAACUAGAUGAUCUGAGAGAUGUGGUAAUUUAAGAACCUGGUCGCUGCAAGAACUUCAGAAUGAGUAAAUACAUGAUUGAAGAUAGAACGACGUACAACAAGUAGAUACAAUUGUCACCUAUGUUAUUCCUACUUAACAACUUGCUUCACUCAUCAACACCUACUUCUUCUAGCUACUUAUUCUACUGUAUAAUUUACUUUUUCGUACACGGACUACAUGGUAAACUUUUGUCGUCAGGUAAGCCUGUGGAAAUUGUACUGCAUUCGCAACGACCCUGCAUAUGUGGCAUUUAUUGGGUUGGCCAUGUUGAAACGAGCCAAAACCGAGAUUCUUCGAACUGACAUUUCUGCUUUGCCAGGAUUGCUGGCGUCUCUAACGCCCCUUCCACUGGAUGAAAUUUGUGUCAUAGCAGAGGAGCUCUACCAGCAAACGCCAGCGGUAUUCACGACGCACAUUCGGUACCAACUACCAUGGCAGAGCGUGCUUCCUGAGGGAGAUCCAUUCUUAUGAAUGUUACGAUUUUGAUGAGUCUAGAUGAUAAGCUGACAAGAGGAAGAGUUUAUCUGGUGAUCGUGGUUGCGUGUAUCACCGGCGGUCGUGUCCACAGGAACCUCCUCUUGCUGUGACGCUAUUAUAAUAUAUAUUUCGUCGGAACAGCAACAACUACAAAUAGCAGCUCAGGUGUCUCUGAUGAACUCCUACUAGUUCAGUGUCUCUAAUGUUAGAUCCGAGCUAUUUUGUUGGUUGGGAUGCUCAGAAAGCAGCAGAGGACGGCAACAACAGCGCGGCGGAAGAUGCCGCCGAUAUGGCCAACUAUAGCUACAAUGGCGGCAGCGGAUACACCGGCGGCCUCGCGGGAUCAUUUAUUAUGGCGAGUCGACUCAUGCUCUUGCUCAUUCACUACAGAAGUCUUAUGCUUGCCCUUUUUACAUUAGAGCAUGGAGGAUAUCACGCUGGUCAUAACCAUGCUCUUCGUAAUGGAAAAUACAACUGCCAUGACGAUCAUCUACUCGCCUCGUCCUAUGGAGAGUCUGACGCGAGUGCUUUGUAGAUUUCACCACUACUGACCCUGUCCUCUGCACCUUCUAAUCUUUGCGGAUCCUAUACUAAUGGUACCAGUUAUGGCGGCGGAGGCUCCUCAUCCUCGCUCUCGCUCAACACGGGCUUUGGCUAUGGAGGGCAUCAUGCUUCAGUGGGUGUCGGAACUAGUCGGGUAUCUUUUAGAAACGAGUUAUUUCAUUCACCAGCUCAAUCUUUGAAUUUUCUUUUUUUUCAUCUCGCUCGCCUUGAAACUGAUGCUAGAAGACCAAGAUACCACACAAGAACCAACGGCUACAACACAGGCACAGCCUCUGUGAUUAAUAAUACAACAGGUCGUCGGUCUGUCAGCUUCGGAGGUGUUGAGCAUGCUCGGAAGUGGGAAAAAGCGCGUCUAUGAACUGCAGAUGAUGUUGAUCGAUUCUAGGUCUUUGGCAGACUUCGAAGACAAUGGACGACUACCUAGCGCACUGCAUUGCGAGGACGCACAUACCCUCCACAAGCUGUUUGCGUUGUCGGUAAACAACGAGGAAAGCGGCGGCUCCUCUUCGAGCACAUCUCCUGCAGCCGCACGUAAAGGCUCACCGAGCGUCGCUGGCAGAACCAUUUCAGGGACGAGUGCCAGCACAAUAGCACCACCAAGUAGACUAGGUGGAGACGACCAGGCCGCUAGUACGACACCUCCGGCUCCUGGAGGUGGUGGUGAAGACAGUGGUCUCUCUGAAAGUGGCACAUCACAAGUGGCAGCAUCAGGGGAAGUUGUCUGCAGAAGUGCCACUUCAUCGUCCUCUGUGGCAGCGAGUACUAGAACAAUCAGGAAGACUGAUCCUCCCGACCGAGGCCCGCUAGUGACGCGGAAAGUCCAUCUCUGCCUUAUAUCAAAACGCAUGGCCUACGAAAGCGCUUUCCGAUACCAAAUACCCUUUGUCAGUUAUGUCAAAGGCGGCUACGCGGCGUUACACGACAAAGCUAUUGAGAGUCGCAUGGAAAUGAUCAACCACGACAAAGAAAAAUGCUUUCACUGUGCACCGCCAUGGAGACAGGUACUUCGACGAAAUGCCUGAUGAUCUGUCAACAUCGUACGUAGUUCACUUUCUCCUUCUGAUCACGUGGAGGCUUUUUUAAAGUUCCCUUUGAUGCUUGAUCUUGAUCAUGGAUCCGCAAUAUCCACUCUUCUUGUACGUCGAUAGUAUUCACGAUUCUACCUCGUCCUCUACUACCUCGAACACAGCAAGCAUUCACAUGGAAAACGUGGCUGACUGAAAAAAUCGGUGGACCCACAAACCCUGCAGGAAGAUUCAAUACGGAAGGAGACACAGUGCCAUGGCCUAUACGAAAUCACGACGGUCAUUGGAGAUGUCGUUCCGGCGGCUGUCACUCUGCUGUGGUUACCACGAGAGACAAUCUCCUUUAUCUGGUACUUUGGUAUCACGACGAUCUGUUACUGACUUAUCCUCUAGUAGUUGAUGUUUGUCAAACAAUUGUGCUUGCGGCACGGGCACCUCCACCUUCGCGAAAGAUGACACAAUAUGGUAAAAGUAGAACAGGAAGCCUGCCCAGCAUCUUCAUCAUGUUCUCAACAUACAAUGCUCUUGCAUUCACCUCAGGUGGAGAUCGAUCCCGAAGGCCAGCGCGUCGGGGCCAAUGUGCGUGUGAUAUCCAAAUAUCCGGUUUACAUAAUUUCCAAAAUAACAUCGAAAAAGAGCGCAAAGGAGCCCACUCGGUGCUUCUACUUCAAAGAAACGAAUGCUGCCGAUAGCGAUAUUCUGCUUAUGUUGAUGAGGUUUAAAUGAGCUCGACGUCGUGUUCGUGAAAACGAGUGGUCGUUCUGGACUGAGUAAGAUACUACAACUCAGCUUCAAAGCUUGUCAUAGACAUAGACGGCUGCAAGAAUGAUGAAGCCGGAUCAAAAUCUCAGCUUGCAGAAGUCUUUCUCAAUUCAAACAGAAAUUACGCAAUCACUAGAAAUAGUUAGCUCUCGUGGUCCUUCCCUCCAUCCCCUUCCCCGAGCUCCUCCUGCUCCUUCCGCUUCAUAUGAGAACUUCAAGGUGGUAGCAGGAAACCUUACUUGGGCUUCGCGGUAACGUUUGAGAGCGAAGAGCUUGCGAAGGACUGCACAUCGCGAGUCGGGGAAGCAUGUCGUCGCGCUGUGGAGGAGCACUCUGAUGGUGGAAUCGCGUGAACGGAGGCUCAGAAUUUUCCAUCGUCGUGAAUUCCUGAAAAGCCGCUUUUUCGUGAUUAGAUUAUCAAACACAGUCAGAAAAACCGUGAGGUCGAGGUGGGCUAUUGACGUGUUGUUUCCGAGUGACGCUUAUUCAUAUUCUUCUCUUUUAAGUAGUUUAUUGUGGACUCGAUUUCUAUAUCAAAAAAAAUCAACCUCCUGCAGAAGCAGAAGUCGUUUUGAAACCAGCGGCGGACGACGCACAGGUGCAGAUAGUCUGACUGCUGCUGCUCACCGCUAAAUAUAUUCUUGCUUCUUCAUUUUUCAUUUUUCUAGCUUUCAUUCUGCUGCUUUUAGACUUAGUCAUGAUCUUAUUUGACAAAGAAUCUACCUCUAAAUUUUUAGAGAACCUCGCGAUUCGUGCUGGUUCAAGAUUCUCGUUUCCUUUCUUUUGCUAAUCCGUCGAGGAAGAUUCUCGUACAAUUACGAAUCCUGCUACUCUUGGCCGUCGAGAAAGACUAAAAUUAUUUUUGCGAAAUCCAGUAGAAAUUCCUCAAUAUCGUCGCAGAAUUUCGUCUUCUGUGGACGACUGGGGACAAGAUAGAUUUGAAGUGCCUGCGACACCCCCUUACAGCAACCGCGACCUUGGCUUGAUUGAACGACAGCAGAAGGGCUAAGGCGAGCGCCAUCUUCUUCUCAGCGCAGAGGUGAAAG